AUGAAAGAGGCAAUGUUUGUUUGUUUCCCAUUUCACGCUCUCCGCUGCUACUCUAGUCAAAAUACCACACACUUGUACCUCUCGCUUUACACACUUGAAAACCAUCAAGGUACUAAGGUAGGAUCCAAGACUCGUAUCCUAUGGGUUGGUUAA